UGAAAUGUAAGCCGUCGAUGAUGCCUUUGCGAAAGAAGGGAAGGAAAGUUUAUCACUGAAAUUAGUUCUAUUCUGGUUGUGUAGCGUGAAACAUAUCUGCGGACAACUGAAAACUACUAAGGAAGCCAAGAUGAUGCUCAAAGGCAUAGGAUUUAUCUUCCUACUGAUUACCAUCUCAACGAUGACGCACGGAAUCGUCCUGGAGUGUUAUUCCAGCGGACAAAAUUGUACCUUCUCAGGAGUACGAAUCGAUGACAUAUCUACAGAGGUGACAUUCCGCUCCUCAGGAAGUUACUACUACAACAGCAUUCCGCGCUUCUUCAGUUUCGUCGACUCAGUUUUGUUGGAAGUUCCGAGAAGAAUCUUCGAUACGUUCACCGUUCAGUCAUUGGACGUGAACGACUGCGAAAUAGAGUCCCUUAGCCGGUACACCUUCGAGAAAGCGAAAGAACUGCUUUGGCUGAAUAUGUCCGGAAACACUUUGACGGAACUGAGUAAUUACGUAUUCAGCGGGGCCAAUAAGCUGAGUUUGUUGGAUCUGAAAAAUAACAAUAUUUCGAAUAUUGAGGAAAAGGCGUUCUACAAUCUGGGCCUCCUAACAACGUUGCUGUUGAGUGGGAAUAAACUAAAAGCAUUUGAUGAUGUUGUAUUUUCUCAUUUGCCCAUGUUGAAAAAGCUGUAUGCUGCAAACAAUGAAUUGGAAACUCUGCAGAGUGCUUUAUUUCAGCAUAACCCAUUGCUAAUGGUGCUGUUCUUGCAAAGCAACAAAUUAGUGUAUCUCGACAAGGAUUUAUUCGAUGGAAUCGAGGUGAUGGAGUAUUUAUGGCUGAGAAACAAUAGUCUUACCAGCUUUGAAUUCAAUGGUUUGAAAGCCAAAAGAGUAAAUCUUAUUAGCAACAAGCUGAAAAAAAUAAAACUGGUUCCAUCAUUCGAAAACUUAUUUCUGAGUAACAAUAGUAUUUCCGAAAUUACUGCCGAUGAUUUUGCUGAGCUAAAGCUAAGUCGCUUGGAUUUGGCGUGGAACAAUCUGUCCUCUAUGGAUGGGAUUGAUAAAAUCAGCAGCCUGGAAGUUCUGGAUCUAUCUCAUAAUAAAAUUGGUGCUUUAAAAUUGACCAGUUUUGCUAAUUUGAAAAAGCUUGUUGAUCUUAACUUGGAGGAAACUGCCAUCACUAACUUGCAACAUGGAACUUUUUCUCAACUGACAGCCCUCAAACGGUUGGAUAUUUCAUACAACAAGCUAAAUCGCAUUGAUUUUGACAUUUUUACAUCUUCAAGCGAAACUGAAGAAAUAUACAUAGAAGGAAAUCGACUCAAAGAAGUAAACAUCGAUGAAAUUCAUAAAAUUUUUCCAAAUCUUAAGAAAAUAAGCAUUGCGGACAACAAUUGGAACUGCUCUUUUCUUACGCGGAUGAUUCGUAGUUUGAACGCUCUAUCGAUUACAGUUGGAGGAUUCAAAACCGAAAAUCUGAUUAACGAUAAGACAAAUGUUAAGGGGAUAUAUUGCACUGACAGCACAAAUCCCCUUGCUGAUUGGAACGUGACAGUCAAGCAUUUGGACAAAUACUUGAACGCUUCCGCCCCUAUCGAAGAUUACUCCGAAAUAAAACAAAUCAUGCAAAAUGCCAUUGACGACAUCAACAGAUUCACCGACCAAAGAGUGGCCAUCGCAAACAAAUCCGAGCUACUCGAAGGGGAAAUUUACGACCUGACGAAGAAGGUUAUUUCGGUGGAAAAUGAAAUUUACGAGGUGAAGAAAACGAUUCUGGAGGUGAAAAUGGCCCAACUGGCUAAUGCAACCAACGAGACAUACGUUUCCAACGACCUGAAGAAAAUGAUGCAGGAACUCAACGAUCUAACUUUAUCCAAGUUGAAGCAAACCAAAGAGGAAAUGGAAUUCAAGAUUUAUCAGCAAUCAUUCAAGAACGACAAACUGGAUGAAAAAAUCACCGAAACUACUGGGAAACUAUUGGCCAUUUCCAAGCAAAUCGAUCAAAGUCGAGGCUCGUUGUUUUUGAGCCACAACUCGAUGGAGCUGAAAGCAUCAUCCACUGCGGACAAUACGGCUUCUUCCGGAACCGGCUCAACUCAGAUAAUGAUGGUCAUGAUUCUGUGCCUGCUGAUUGCACUGUUGGUUCUAGUGGUGAUGGCAACUUAUCGGAGUCGUAUGCCAUGCGGACGAAAGCGCGGAGAACGCUACGGUACAUCGAACACUCUCGCUACCAUUGUGGACGACAUUUAGAAGUGGUGGGUGGCUGCUGAACAGGCACUCUGAACAAAGUACAAUUAGUGAUAACAACGACUUUCUGCAUUCGAUUGAGAGAAUACAAAUUUCAAUAAAGAGAACGAACGUUCUGGAUAGUGAAGCUCGAAAAUAAAUUGUAAUAAAACAAAGAUCCUCAUUUGAUUUA